AAUUCUACAAGUAAAAUAUUACGAACAUAACUACAGCAUCAGACAACAACGUGUGAGAAUAAGCAUCAUGUCCGUGCAAGGUGAUAUCAUAAUGCAUGCCAUAAGUGCCAAUGAUUCAGGCAUCAACGCAAGAACUUGCAUAAUACACCACGAAGAAAGCCAUGCAACCAUCUUGCCCUGGUUCUAUCUCUCUUUGGCCGUCCUAGGCCUCCCGACCAACGGAAUUGUCUUGCUGAGUCUUUGGAGAUCAGAGAGGACACCCACUGUCAUCUUAACUUUAAACAUAGUUGUGUCAGACCUGAUGUUGUGCUGCGGUUUUUUCUUCAGAAUAGCCUACUACAAAGAGAACGUCAACUGGCAAUCUGGAUCUCAAGUCUGUAAUGCAGUAGAGCUGAUUAAUUUCACAUGCUUCUACAUUAACCUCUACUGCAACAUGUGCUUCCUUUUAUGGACCAGCAUCAAUCGUUAUGCCACUGUGGUAAAACCAGGCUAUGCCUUUUUGCAGGUCUUUAAACGCACGCAACCGUGCUGGAUCAUCUGCUUUUCAACCUGGUUGGUUAUAAGCACAAUUGUCGGCACUAGCAUGUGGACUAAACGGAGCCUACAAAUCAAUGGGACUUGCUUCGACCAGGUUGUCAACAGUAACAUUCUCUAUAAAGAUAAAUUCAGCACUAUCCAUUGCCUUGCUGUUGCAGGAUUCUUUUUUAUUUUGUGCUUGAUGUUGGUCAGUUAUAGUCUGCUGGUCUUCCACCUGCAGAAGGUGAGGGUGGGAAGUCUAUUUAGUGCUGGAUUUGGACCUGUAGGAGGUCUAAAGGUUCGGAGGAAGAUUCUGGCCUCUGUCAUAAUUUUUGUACUCUGCUUCCUACCCUACCACGUGCAAAGGAUCAUCUUAUUAACAUCAGGGAGUGGAAAUUGUCAAGCACAUUUCAGGAUAAAAACUGGCACCAUCUUUGUUGCAGCUUUCAGCUGUUGCCUACAUCCUAUUCUGCAGCUGGUGCACCGUUUGCGCUGCUGUCGAGCCAAGCCCAACACCAGGGCCAAAGCCAAACCUGAAAUCUCCAAGAGCCAAGACACACCUAAUUUAAAUACUAUAAAUCUGACAGAAAACAUUGAUAGUGUGAAGAAAAAUGAAAGUGAAGUAAGCAACCAACCAACACUGUGAGAAUGAAAAACUAGAAGAAGUGUCCCACACUGGAAUGUGCUCGAAUUUAUCGCUCAAUAAUAUUUAAGUAAAAACCUUCAACCAAUAAAUUUGGAAUCAAUAUUACCAACUGUGAUUUUUGACAUCUUCAUGACUCAUUAUUUUAAGAUAUUUAACACCAUAGUGGAUAACUUUUUUUCCAUACUUCGCUAUGAGAUGAAAACUCUAUGCCUCUUGCUGAUGUAAACAUCCAACAUAGCGAUAUAAUGAAAAAAAAAUUAGCAUACUACUAUUUAACAGCACAUACCGUGUAGUAGUAGCACUCUAUUCAGUACAUACCGAUAGUCAACCA